UUUAUUUUUUAAGAAUUAGGAAUCAUGUAUCCUUUUCUUUUCGAUCCCCAGUCAUGCAGUCCCUUGUAUUUUUCUGUUACAUAAAAUCUCAAUAACAUAAAGCUUGUGUUUGUGAUGUGCCAAAGUUUACACGUUAUCAAAAUGCUGUAGCUAUACGAUAGUAUCCAAUAUUUAGAGGCUCUGUGUCUUAAGUCGCUUUAAUAUGUUCAUACUUUAUCAAUUACAGAAACAAAUGAAUUCAGGAAGCAUAUUUACACUAAUAAAGGACGUGAUAGUUUUGGAUUAUUUUUGAAUCUGAAUUGUCACUCUUAAAGUCAGUUUUGAACAAGAUGAGAUUCAAUAAUUUCAGGAAUAUACUGGUCCAUCAGACACUUUGUUCAGGGCUGAUUUGGUGAACAUAGGGUUAAGUUUUCCUCUUCCAGCGUUUAUCCCUCAUAAUGGGAUGUGCCUCCGAGUCGCUCUGCUGGUUUAAGCUGCAGCAGGUCAACAUAUUCAGCGCAAGAGGCGGUGCGACAUGGGCUGAGCCUGUUUGCAGGGAAAUGAGCUGUGGACUGGGAGCUGCUCAGUGGCCGUGAUUUCUCCCGACAAGGAGCUGGCGGGCCUCGGACAGACAUGGCGACACGUGGAAAUGCGUGGCCGACGGGAACCAGCGGUCAUCGGGUAGAUUAACUGGGGAUCGGAUGAGCGUCGGCACACCAGGACUGAUCCAUUUUUCCGCUCCCACUCCUCGGAACCUUGCGAUGAGCUCGGUAGAGGAAGCGGGUUUCGCAGACAUCCGGAAAACGCAUCCAUGCGCCACGACCGCCCCGCAUCCCGAUAUGCUCCUGACAACACAAAGCCUGUCUUCAAUUAGCUCCAGUACAAAAGCGCACAUGCAAAUAAGCAUGGGUGCGUCAAAACUGUCUUUGCGCUUCGUUUUGCGGAUGAGUCUUCAAAGUGUAGUUAUGCAAUGAGACAGUCGGGGAUGAUCAGGUAAGACUUUAUUGAUACAAAACCUGACAAUAUGGCUGAUCAGAGCAACAUUCAGUCUGCCGCCUCUAAGAGCAUCCGGCCCUUUAAAUCCAGCGAAGAAUAUCUUUAUGCCAUGAAGGAGGACCUGGCUGAAUGGCUGAAGACCCUCUACGAUCUGGAUGUCACCGCGGACACCUUCAUGGAUGCGCUGGGGACGGGCUGCGCCCUGUGUCGGCACGCCAACAACGUGAACCGAGCCGCGCAGGAAUUCCAGUUGGAGUACCCGGAGGCUGCGAAGUCCAUGAAGGUGCCAUCUAAGGAUGUUGUCUUCCAGUCGCGAAAUGUCAUCCCCGGCUCGUUCCUGGCGCGGGAUAACGUGUCUAACUUCAUCACAUGGUGCAGGCAGGAGCUCUGGAUCAAGGACGUCCUCAUGUUUGAGACCAACGACCUGGUGGAGAGAUGCAACGAGAAGAAUUUCAUCCUGUGUCUCCUGGAGGUGGCGCGGCGGGGGUCCAAGUUUGGCAUGCUGGCCCCCAUGCUAAUCCAGCUGGAGGAGGAGAUCGAAGAGGAGAUCCGGGAUCAGGAGAGCCUGCGGGCCGAGGGAGUUCAGCCAGCCGAGGAGAGCUCACCCAGCAGGUGUUACAGUCGGAAGGAGAGCUGUCAGAGUGUGGAGGAUGAAGAGGAACCAGAUCCAGAGCCGUACGUCUGGCCCCAGAAGAGAGUUUUGUGUGACAUGCGAAAUUUGGAUGAGCUGGUACGUGAGAUCCUUGGCCAGUGUUCCUGUCCAGCUCAGUUUCCUAUGAUUAAAGUGUCCGAGGGGAAGUACAAAGUAGGAGACUCCAGUGCGUUGAUCUUCAUCAGGGUCCUUCGGACUCAUGUGAUGGUGCGUGUUGGAGGGGGCUGGGACACAUUGGAGCACUAUUUGGACAAGCACGAUCCAUGUCGCUGUGCUGCAUUCGCUCACCGCUACCACCAGGCUAAAGCAAGUGGCCAAAGUCAGGGAGCCCAGAGCAAGUCCUCCAGUGCCCACUCCUCCCGCUCCACCAGCCCAGGCCCACACUGGAGGAAUGAGGGCAUCUCGACUUACAAACCCACCGACAGGCGCUCCUUGGAGCCUCUCCCUGCUCCGAGUGCCUCCUCCUCUUCCUCCACACGGCCUGGUCGAUCCCAAAACUCCUCUGUACGUAUGGAGGUGGACGCCGCUGGUGCUCGAAGUCUGCUCCCUAAGCCGCCAAGAGAUCGCUCGGAGCCGCGCCCCUUUAAUCCUCUCAGGAAUAAAGAAAUGCUGACAAGACGUCUCUCUGGAGACAGUGACUCUUCUACAGCCUCCUCUAAAGGAGGAGGAGGGCGGCAGUCACUUGGUGGUCCUACACGGCGCUCUGGUGAACAGGUGGUACUGCUUGUCAACCGCAAGGAAGGGAAGCAUAUGAUUGAGAGAGCAGGAACAAGCAAUCAAACCCCAUCUACACAUUCCUCAAAACCCCGUGCACGAAGUCAGUCGCGGGAGCGUUCUUCACUGCCACCAACACUCAAACCCAACCCACCAAUGGGGUCUUCUGUUGGUACACGGACAUCUCGCACAGACAGAGAGCGCUCCGUUGGCCAUGAGGGCCCCCGGAGGCUCCAUGUUCCUCGUUCUCACAGCCAGAGUAAGAUGACCAGCAGCACUUUGUCAAGUGAUGGCAGCCCUGCACACCUUUCCUGCCCUAGGACCUCCCAGCCCCUACCAUCAGAAAGACAAGAGGACCUGGCUAAACAGGUAGCCCCAUCUUCUCCUAGAGGUGGUGUUGGUUUUGGUAAGAAGCAAUCAUUCUCGUGCACUAACUCGCCUGUUAAAGGAGUCCAAGGCAACAACAACAGCCCAAUCAAGAAGACUGUAACAACUCCUAGACCCCAAGCGCCCCGCUCACCAUGCACAGGAAAAGGCAAACCACUGCCCCCUGUCACCUCCGGAGGGCGACAACCACCACACUCAUCUCCUCGCAACUCUAACAACUAUGCCACCCGCUCCCUGAGGCUCUCACAGGCUCCACGAUCUGCUGGACGGGGCCAGCCUAAAAACGUUUCUCACCUGGAGAACCAGGAUGCUGGAGAGGAGGGGCUUGGGUUAGGCUACCAGAUGCUGCCGCCACUGGACCCCCAAAAGGAGCAGGACCUCUAUCGCAGCUUUGAGGCUGAGUUUCUGGCCAAUACCCAGCAGGUCAGGGAGAAUUUUGCUGGUAAGGCUGUAGGAAGAGCAACCCUACAGGUAGUGCCUGCGCUCACUGAGGCUGCAGUGUCUGAUUCUGCUUCCUCUUCCUCUAACUCAUCCACCUCUUCUUUAAAUGUUGGUACAAAGAUUGGAACUCUGCCUGUCCUCAAAGAAUCCAAGAGGACUAACCCCCUACAUUUCCAACCAGAGGACCCUUUAAAUAUACUUUAUCGGCAUAAUCUCGGAGAACUUGAUGGUUUGGGUCAAGCAGAACAUGAACACUGGGGGGAACGUAAAGGGGGUCUCAAGAAGCUUCCAGAAAUUUCUAGCUUAGUAGAGGGAAGAGAAGCUCCAUCUUCUUUACCUGGCCUUAGAGAGACUGGGUCCGAUGAGCUAAUGAAUCACAUCCCCUGCCAACCAGCUAUGGAUAGCAGGAAUAUGAAUGGGGAACGUGGAUGUUCUCCCACAGGUGGGCUCUCAGGUCGAAAAACUCCACUUGGCUUGAGUUCAGUCACAGGAGAUGUUCCCCUAGAAAAUCACCAGCUAAAUCUUCCUUAUGAUCUUGAAAAUGGCGACAGUGGUGAUAACCUGCCACCACCAGCGGGUUGUCAAUCACCUGUACCCCUUGCCCCCUCUGAGGACUGCUCUUUCCAGGAUUCCUCAAGUGAAAACUCCUCAAUGUCCUUCAGCUUGAGUGAAUCUCGCUCUGGGUCUUCUCCACCAUCAUUAAAAAUAACCAAUGGGGAAAACGGACAAAGUGAUGAAGUCCCAAACUCUGAGCACAAACUGGGUGUGAAGUUAAGGCCUCGCUCUGACAAUAGGCUGCAGAACAACCCCUCACGAAUCCCCACACCUGUGAGACACAAAAAUGUUCACACUAAUACACCUCUUUCUCCCUGCAACACGCCACCACUGUCCCGUAAGAGCUCCCAUCCUGCUUCAUGCAAGAACUUGCACCAGAAUCUCACAGACAUGAUCCAUCCUCAGUCUCACUCUUCAGCCAUAGGCAGUAACGACUGCUCCUACCCUGCACAGGGGAGCCUAGACGCUGAAGCUAUAGCACAAAACUGAUUCCUGCAGCAGGCUGUAUGACUACUGUGGAAUAAAAAGGCUUAAGUUUAAACUAAAAACUGUUGUCACUGCAUGUUGAACAAAACUUUAAAUUUAGCUUUUCCUAGAGAUGCACUGAUAAGAAAUUUGUGGCCGAUUUCAGAUCGCUGGAUUUUGUAAAGUUUUGACCUGCCAACACUGAUUUCAGUUGAUUAUGGUUUUUCUUGAAGAACUCUAAAAAAACCAAUGUUCAAAAUAAGGCAAGCUUUAAAAUAGGGGUUUACUCAUUUAAAACAAACACAUUUUAAAGAGUUAUAGGUUGUGUUUAGUAUCUUGGAUUUGCAUGUAGCAUGGUUAGUGCAGUUAGCAUUAUAAGCUGUAAACAGCACUCUCUGUGUGUUCUCCCUUGAAAAUGUAGAUGCUAACCCCAUCUCUAAAAUUUCCAAAAGGCUGCCAUUUCCAGAUCCGGCAUUUUCCAUGACUGACAGAAGCCAGAAGCUCAAACACAUAAAAGUGAGCAACUUUUGGACUGGUUCAAAAUUACAAAAUGAGUGAAAUGACUAGCACCUGCUGAAGUUUAGCUUUUGGAUACAGCAGCCUGCGUUAGCAGCUGACAUGCUUCUCUAGGAAAAAGUUCUAUCUAGAAGCUUCUUACACAUUUUGUGCCUCCUUUUAGUAACACUUAACUGAUACAAAACAUAAAGUCAUCUUCACUCAGUAACAACUUUAGCACUAAAGAGUUUAGUGGUUUAGAUGGUAAUGCUUUUGUAUGGUUUAUAUUUCGGAAAAAGAUCCGAUUUUUAAGUUAUCCAGUGACGGGUCAAGCUGUAAAUCAUCUAGUUCUGCUCACUAACUUAUUUCUAGGUGCAUCGCCAUUGUUUCCCUGUGGAGGUCCACUUUGCUUUUUUUGCACUCAAGACAAUUUUUUUUUAUUUUUACCAAAGGUCUUUAUUUUUAUUAUGAUGUUAUUUCAUGGGGCUGUUUUUGCCAAGUUUUGUUCUCCCUGAAGCACACAUUCUCAUAGUUGACAUCCAGAGAUAGAAAGAGCAUAUGUGCUGCCAUGUGCCACGGCAUGGGGCAGGGCAUAGUGCCAAGUAUUUGAAGCAUUAUCUUUCUAAAACUGCACUAACACUAAACAUAUGGUUAAAUAAACCUUUAUCUGUUGCAGUUGGUCAUCGAUUCUCAAUUUACCUUGGUAGUCAAAAUACUGGUACUAAAACUGUCUGAUUAAUGGUCUUGAUGUGGCGUUUAGUAUAUACAUAUAAAUACAUUUUAAUAAUAGUGUAAUACACAUACUCAACAACAUAGAUUCAGCUGACCUCAUGAUGCAUACACUACCAACUAAUUUCUGUACAGCAGUCAGUCAUUGUAGUCAAGGUUAAUAUUUAUUUAAUACUUUUGUCUAAUUUGGUUAUUUUAAUGGAGUAUAUAGUUUUAAUUUAUACUUUAAAAUGGAUUAAUUAUUAAAAAUAAUAAGAGCAUUGAGAUUUGUGUUAUUUGCGUCUUUGUCACUGAAAUUGAAAAGUUGAGUGCUCCUUCUCUGACCAAACGGCAUUCUAGCAUUUAACAUAUUUGAACAGCAGGACUCUGAUGAGAAUGAAUGUGUAAAUACAGGCUGCGUGGGUGUUUUUGUAAAUAAAAGGCAUUGAAUAUACAGUUUUAAUGUACAUACGUUGCUGUAACAAGGACUAUGCUGCCUUAGCUAUGCAAUUCAUAUAUGGUUUUGGAAAUGCCUUGACAAACUCCCUUUGCCUUAAAUGUUUUGUCAUGAAUUUGAUUUUGAAUGUUUUUUUUUGCUUGAACUUGGUAGCACUACAUUAUCAUAAUUUACUGUUUAUUGUAAAAUAACUUGAAAGUAUUGAGUGUGAAUGUUGGAAAAAUUGAAGAAUAUUGACAAUUUUAAUUGUACAUUACAUUUGAUGUAGAGUUUACAGUCCAUGGGAGACAUACUAAUGUAAUCCAUUCUGACUGUGGUGAUUACACAACCUGGUGGUGACAUCUAGUGGCUAAAUGAAACACGCUGAGGUAUUUCUGUACUGCGUGUGUUUAUAUUGUAACGUUCUGGUGCUGAUUAGAACCAGUAACAAUAGAAUGACCCAAUGGAAAUAAAUGGAUGAGGCAAGGCUCUAACUUGAGUGUGCGCAAAGGGCUUGAAUAAUUCAUGCUGUAACUGGAUAGUCAGGUUUUUUCAUUUCUGAAGCUGCUGUUGCCAUCAGUACAGGAGACCAGACUCCAGUUACAGACAAUGACAUUAAUGUUUUAUGUAAUUAAUGGGUGCAGGAUUUGUAAAAUGAAUUUGAAAGUAGAAAGGUUUUUGCUGAAUCUUCAAAACAUUUUAUAAUAAUGGAUUUGUGUGAAUAAUGUGGAUUAUAUGCAUGUUUUUGCAACACACUAAGUGAAUGGGCUAAAAAGAAAGCGUCAAGCUUGUGUGUAUGUAUGUAUGUACAUAUGGUAUGGUAAUAUGUAUAGAGUUGGAGUAAAGAAGGGAAGGAUGUUGAUCUAAUUUAUUUAUUUAUGGUGUCAGCUCUCAAUGGCCUCAGAUUACUUCUGUGUCCAGUGGACUGUUGGUGAAUGGGGUUUUGGGGAAUCCAGCAAUAUCCAGGAAUUUGUUGAAUUAUUGCCACCUUAAAAAUUUGAAUUACCCUUUAGAAGAUGAUGCACAUAGCCACAAUUUAUUCGCUGUCAGUCCUGUUGGGCUCAUCAUUACCUUUGUUUUAUUUAGCAGAAUUUCGAUUUUCUGUUGGUGCAUACAAAUUUUUACUGGUAGUUUCAAUUUACCAGGUACAUAAACUGUGACAUCAAGAAAACAUGGCAAAAUAUUUUGAAGCCAGUUAUAAAAUUAGUUAUUUAAAUAAAAAACAGCUUGCUUUUUUGUGCACAUUUUGAAAUGUGAUGAGACUCUCACUUGUCUUUAGCCUAAAUCGGUGAAAUUUGAAUGUUUGUAACGUGAUGCCAUUUUACCAAAAGUUGUACAGAUUACUUGAUAUUGUGUAUUAUGUAAGUAUACAAGAGUGAUACUGAAAAAAGUUUCUUUUUUAAUUCUUAAAAUGCUUUCAAGUUAUUCCUCUAAUAAACACUUUUUCUUCUGAA